UCUAUAUUUUAUUUUUACGUCUAUGGUACAAGUUGUCAACAGGAUAGACAAAAGAGAAGAGAAGAAAUGAACAAAAAUCGACACAAUGCGCAGACGCGAAGCGCGAAGUAGUUCAAAUGUUCCAAAAUCAAAGAAUGCAAGACUGACUAGAAAGCAUAAAAAAAUAGUUUUUUACGUUAUCACGUGGAAGCUGUACGCUUGGUAAGCUAUUUAUGAUUAAUGUCUAUAAUAUUUGAGUGUUCGACUUGAUAUUUGUUAAUACGAGAUGGUUAACGUCCAAACAAGCAAACCGUUUACAAAUAAGCACACAAAGGUAUAGAGACAUAAACAAAACUAGAUUCAACAAGUGAACACGGGUCCCCAUCUUCGACUUGGCGAUUGUUUAUUUUAUCACUGCUGAACAUGUCCAAAGUAUCAAAAAAGGGGCGCAAUCCAGGCGCUGUAGACAGUUGGCUGGACUCGCUAGGUCUCUAUAGGAAAAACGUAGCCUACGAUGAGACUUGUUUGUUCAGAGCUGUGAGUGAACAGGUGUAUGACUGCCAGGUGUACCAUGAAAGAGUACGAAAGGAAUGUAUAGCUUUCGGUAGGAAAAACUACCAUUUAUUUCACUAUUCAUUCAAGACUGAAGAGAAAUUCUUAGAGCAUCUGGACCAGCUGGAGAAGCACAUGGUUGUGUGUGGGGAAGCUGAAAUUGAUAUCAUCAGUAGGAAAUACAACCGGGAUGUUAUCAUAUUUGAUGCUACUGAUCAAAGAAUCUAUGAUGCAACUAAAAGAAGUAAAGAAAAAGCAAUAUUGCUCUGUUUCAUGGAUAAAGAUCAUUAUGAUGUAGUUUAUAAGAAGGAUCACAUAGCAGUUGCUGGUUUUUGUCAGUCUAUGGUAUACAAACUUCUAUAUGAAGAUGUCUUCAAAAUCCCUAAUGUAGAUGACAUAGUCCAUAACAUGCUAUAUGAAAAGAACAGUAUAACAACUCAAGCAGAAAUGCAACUGUUGAAACCAAAGAUUAGGAAUGAAGAUGAAGCAGGACCUUCCUCAAAGCCAGAUUCCUUGUGGGAUGACACAGAGAACCCCUUGAAUGUGGCCCCAUUUCCCUUCAAGGUUGCCAAGGCUUUGGAUCCCAAUAUUUAUAGGAAUAUUGAGUAUGAUACCUGGGGAGAAGUAAGGAGAGAACUGAGACUGAGUGACUGGUAUUAUGGCGAUGACAAACUGAUCCUGGGUACCAGAUGCAUUUACAAUGACCCAUUCGGUACAAAACACGACUGCUACAUACAGGAGUUGCUCAAAGACCAGAACAAGUGUAUUAUAUACUUGACCAAAGAAGUAGAGAAGAAGACUGUGAACUAUUCUGAUCUCUCUCCUGAGGAUGAUGCGAAACCUUGGCCCUUGCCUUAUAGAUUCAUGAAGAAUCUAGUUCUUUCACCUGAAAAACCUCCGGUAGACGUCAGACAUCCGCAGAGAUCUCACAAGAAAAAGAACAAAGAUAAGAAACGUACCAAAAGUGAAAGCAGUUUAGUAUCAGUACUUCCUGCCACGUCCGAACCAAUCGAAAACUAUGUCGGCAUGCCUUUGCAAAUGCAGCCUUCGACACCUAUUGAGCAGAAUAACAACCAAACUGUUGGAACGUCGACUGAAACGCAGACUGACUACACUAUAGCUGAAAGCACUGAAACUACACCUGAUCCUUCAGCUGCUCAAAAUAGGUAUCCCUAUGGAUGGCAACCGUAUGGGACCCCGUUGACUCCAACUCCGUUUGUGUGGCCUCAAGCGCCUCAACCGUUCAACUAUAAGACAGUGGUUGCCUCAGCACCGGUUACUCCAGAUGUCAUUCCAUACCACGACGUGAACAACCCCUUCUACUACAACUACCACGUCAGCAACGUAUACCCGCAGCAAAACUACCCGUGGUUGUACGCUCCGUCCGAGUACCAGCAGCAGUCUGACGACGCGACGAGGCAACCGAUCGUCGACCAAUCGGAGCAGCAGUACGUCGAGGUUGCUCAAUCGCCGUUGGUGGUCGAACAGCAGCCGCAGACGAACGGGUACGAAGCGAUGCCGCAACCUGCGCAGACGGAGACGACGCUGAUGCACGAGAGGCCGAGGUUGACCUUGAACCUCACGCCGCCCAGUCCGAACACGGCCGUGAAGAUGUUCCCGUCUGUUAUUACAGUUCCUCCAGGUACCCCUGUACUGUACGCCGUUCAACCCCAAGAGAUGUCCGAAGUACUGAUGUCUCCGACUCAGAUGAUGUACGCCUCUCCGGCAGUAGACGCGAUGUCUUACAUGCCCAGGAACACCUUCGUCUUCCCGCCCACUCCGCCGUCCACGUGGUACACACCGGGGGUCACGUCGCAAGGUUUUGUGUUCCCUCCACAGUAUUGAGUGAGACUCGAUGAGCAGUUAAAAAUGCAAUAUCAUGUGUGUCGAUUCGGUAUAACCCGCGAAAAGUUUGACCCUGAAAAAUAUCUAAUAGUAUAUUUUGAACCAAAAAAGAUGUAUCACACGAUGCUUCAAGUCAAGCUGGGGGUCUAAAUUAUUCGCAGGAUUAACUUUUUAAUAUAUGUUUAUAUUUGUUUUUGUGGCGUAUCGCGAGGAUAUCGUUUUUGUUUUUUUUUUUCAGAAAUAUAUUUUUGUUUGCCUUUUUCAUCUAAGAGGAUAUAUUUAUGUUAUUCGUGAGGAAAGUAUAUUUAAGUUUAAAUAAUAUCGCGUCAGAUCGACGCGUUAUUUUGUUAUACUUGUACUAUAUAUGUAUAUAAUCAGUGACAAUAAGUA